AUGGAUUUUGCUUUACAAGGUGGAAAGGUAUUGUAACUUACAAACUGUUGCCUGUGUCUGCCUUUCAUCGUCAUCACUGUCACUAAUGGCAUUCCCAUAAGGCCUGUCCAGUCGUACAAUGCUAUUCUUGUUCUAGUGUAUGUAAUCGAAUGCAGUCGAACAAACACGUAUUAAGAAAUUUUGCAAUUAACUAAAUGAAGAAGAAUUGUGGCGUCAGCAGUUUCUUUCAUACGCCAGAAUGACAAUCGCAUACUAAUAAAUACAAUCGACUAAUCGUAUCAUGUAGACAGACCUUUAUUCAGGCAUCAUUAGAAUGCACGAGCGUGCGAGCGUCGCUCGCAGGCGUGCACAUUUUAAAAUACUGACAUUUUAACAAUAUUUUGGUCUGUGUUGGUGUAAUGUACUCAGGCGAAUAUGAUGCUUGUGAUGUUACUCUGAGUGUAUAUCCACACCGGGCAAGCUUAAAAAAUAUGCCUGGGAACGGUGGAAAUAGAACCUACGACCUUUGGAAUAACUAGCCCAAAAAUAUAUGCUAGUAUUCCAAAGGUCGUAGGUUCGAUUCCCACCGUUUCCAGGCAUAUUUUUCAAGCUUGCCCGGUGCGGAUAUACACUCAGAGUAACAUCACAAGCAUAAUAUUUAGGACCUUAGGUCACAAAAUCUAAAUAAGAUACUUUUUUGGAGGCACAUUUUGCAGAGACCUGCCUUUAUUAUUUUUGGUAUCACAAUGUUACCUAUCUCGUGUAAAAUGUUUAAGAAUGUAGAAAACACGGUUUGCCUGAGGGUUUGCCGUCUUAUAUAAUAACAACUUUCGUAUCAUUUUAGGUUGCUGUACAUUGCCACGCAGGUUUAGGUAAAUAUUCUGCCUUACUGCGUUUUAUUAUGUAGUAGGCUAAAUCCACCUUUGCAGACAGCAUAGUUCUAAAUUCUAUUUCAUCUUUAAAACUGUUUGUUUCUGCAGGUCGGACCGGUGUUCUUAUAGCUUGUUACCUCAUCUAUUCAUCAAGAAUAACUCCUGAAGAGGUACAAGCAAAUAUCUCAUAUUCAUUUCACGUGAGAUUUACGACAUUCCCCCCCCCCCCUUCCGCAAAUGAUUGUUAAUCCUAUUGAAUAUGCUAGCUUUAUAAGCAGCAGAAUCCUCUGCAGAGGAAGUAAUGCCACUGCCGCAUUUCGCCUACUUUAUAUAGAUAAUUGAAUGCCAUCAAUCAUUAGAUAUAUAUACUGUAGAUAGAAACUUUAUUUGCACUUUAACUGUUGUGUUUGAUUCCCUUCUCUUCACUUAGAUUAAAGUUUAGUCUAACAUGCAAGUUGUCCAUUAUUAGGUUUUUAUACUACUUUUUUUCGAAAAUGUUGAGGCAUAUUUUCAAGUGUUAUCAUCAAUAUUCCAAACGAUAUGUGAUUUGAAAGAAAAGUGACAAAUACUUGCGUUAAUAAAAAAUAAAAUAUUGUAUUCACGAAUGUAUGUGGCAAGUUUUAUAUUCUCAACUUAAUUGGAGGCUUUUUUAUUUUCGGUACAAUAUCAUUUAUAGACCCUCCGCUCGGGAGAUUCGGCGAAAUAUUAUCCUCAGUAAUAUUUCCCUCGGGGCAAAGUACUUCGGGGUAAUAUUUCGCCGAAUCCCCCGAGCGGAGGAUCUAUAUUAAAUGAUAAAUAUCAUCAUUUGAGGGCCACAAGUUUGUUAGUACUUCGUACUAUUAAGUGUCACUCUCAGAGAACAUAAUGAAAUUAGUAAAAUUGCAAAAUUUGGUUGCGAAAUGUUGUAAAAUACAGAAAAUAUAGCCUUGCGAAGUUUGCAUAUUUUCAGUAUAUUUGUAUUACGUGCGGAAAUUGUUACCAUUUUCGGCUCAAAAAUGGUAACAAUUUCCGCACGUAAUACAAACAUACUGAAAAUAUGCAAACUUCGCAAGGCUAUAUUUUCUGUAUUUUACAACAUUUCGUAACCACAUUUUGCAAUUUUACUGAUUUUAAUAAGUUCUUACGGGAAUUUACUUUACUUGCUAAAUAAAAAAUUAGUCUAACAUGCAAGUUGUCUAUUCAUCCUUGUAUAUUUUGUCGGCCAUCUUGUUUGCGUGAUCGCCGCGCGUGAUUUACGCGAAUCAUGUCACCCGUAUGACGUGAUCAAAUCGCCAUAUAUGUGAUAUGAUAUAAGCUUGGAGAAAAAGGUCUAUAAGGUUUACAAGACAUUGUGGUAGUGUUUUGUUAGUAAUACAAGUAGUAAAAAGUAUAAUAUUAAGUCAAUUAAUUUUUAUAGGCUAUCCACAUUGUUCGGAUAAAGAGGUUGGUGGUAAAAAUAAUAUGAAGUAGCUAAUUACAUGAAGUAUAAAAUAAUUAAACUCAUCAUCUCCUAAACACAUUCUUGCAGGCCUAGAUCUGUGCAGACAAGAGGUCAGAUUUCUUGUGUUCAAGAGUUCGCUAAAUUUUUGAAACCAGUAUGGGUUAUUUUCCCUUUGUGGUAAGAAAAAAUGAUGUAAUUAAGCUUUACGUUUUUGUAGUAACUUUUGACCUGUAACUAAUGAUCAAAACUCUUUAUUAUUUACUUUAACUUCUGAAGUUAAUUCUUAUUCUUAUACUUUCCCAUUCUGUUUCAUAUAUAGCGACAGCUUUGAAGUAAAACCCUUUACAUUACAAAAAUAUCUUGUUCGUCAAAAACAUGUCUUACAUGGAUAUGAGGCAAGAGAGCUAAAGUUCAUUCCAAAGGUGUGAAAAUGAAAAAUCUUUAUGGAACAAUCCUGUCAAUUAUCUAGAUUGCUUUAAAAUAAACAUAUUUGAAAUUCACUACCAAAUAAUUUUGUUCUUUUCUAAUCUUGUUGCAGAUUAUUUUUGUUACUUGUAAACGUCUUUUGGAGUUAUGUGGUUUGGAUGCCAACAAACUUAGAUUGACAAAUAACCGCCUUAUAGGAAAACCCGAUGAUGAAAUAGACUCAACAGAUGGUGACGAUGAACUAGAAAGUUCGGUAAAUAAUAGCAAUGAAAAAACGUGUGAUAUUUCCGCGAGUUUGGAAGAUCUGAAAGGUGAAUUUGAUACAAAGAAUAUUUCUUCAAAUGAAGACUGUGAUGGUAUAAAUGAAGAAUUAUCGAACUCACAAUCGUCUGGAUGUAUGUCACAAUCAUCACGACGAAAAUCAGAAUCUGAUUUAUGUGUAGAACAUAAAACAAACACAAGAAAUCAUCUUGAAUUACUUCGGGAGGAUACCAAACCAAACGAAAAAGAGCUGAACUGUAAAAUAUUUAAACUAACUAAGCAUCUUAAUGGUAAUAAUUUACAUGAAGAGCAAGAGAGUUCAGGGAAUAUAGUCAAUGAACAUAUUACCGUAGAUGAUGUAGUCGCAGCGGUCGGUGGAAAUAAUCAAGUAGAUGAUGAUGUUAUUAAUAAAGUUGAAAAUCUUCAGGUAUGAAAAUGGUAAUGUUACAAUAAUUUGUCAGCGUGUGAUGUUUCAGGUCAUGAGUAUAUUGGACAGCAAAACAGUGGUCUAAAGACAUUUUCAGUGACCAAUCAUCCAUACGAGUGGUGAUCGAGUUUAUGAUUCUAUGCGAGGAUGGUUAGGGAGGAACUUAGAGAGUAUUCUGUCCAACGAAUUUGGACGUGCUCAUUCCCUAUACAUAUAGGCCAAAUCACUAUCAUAAAAACUACUAAAAUUAGAGGAGUGCGUACCAAAUAUUGAAAAAUCAAAAUACUGUGCAUAGAGAAAUAAAGCUUCGUGAGGGCAAGAUAGUGUUUCGCACGAUUUCGUAGCAAAAUAUACCAUGUCUACCGUCUAUACGCAAUAAAUCAGUAAGCUUAUAAAAUGUUACCUAAUGUCUCAGUUUAGCUAGAUCACGCAAAGAAUAUACUAUGAAUACUUUUAGUACGCUAACUUCGUUGUAAAAUUCAACAGAAACCUCAUUAAAAUUGUAUAGAUAACCCGCUCCUAAGACGGCGGUCAUCUUGAAUUGUUCUGUACGGGUGACUGUGGAAUGUCGAGUUUGUGACCCCAAAAAAAAAUCUAUAAGAUGUGGUUUCGUUGGUUAUAAAAACUUUUCGCAAAAUGCUCAAUGGAAAACCAGAGCAUAUUUAAUUAAAUUAAGGUACAGUACAACGCAUCAACAAAAUCCACUAGUGAAUAGUUUCGUACCACAAGAUGUGGCACUCUUCGGAUAAAUUGACCUAAGUUGAUUUGUUGUAGCUACCUUAAUUUAUACGUAUAUAUUAGGCUCCCCAUUGGAGCAUUUCUAGAUCACUUACCUUCAAAAACCCUCUUGAAUUUAGCGGCAUAUUUCGAAAUCAUGUUCAGCAAAAGCAAUUUGGUAAUUUUAGCCGCUCGUGAAGAGGCCAUUUUGAAGAUCAAUCAAUUUCGACCAAUCAUAUUGCGAGAAAAACAAUGGUUAUCCACCUCACAAUUUCUAUUGAUAUGUAAUGUUCUUUGUCUAUUGUUCAUUGUUUAUUUUAUAUUGUUUAUGAAGAGACUUCUCAAUGAUUCUAACAAAGGGUGGAAAAUGGUUAAGGAAGAAACGAAUCUUUAUAUUUUGACAACAUUAAUGGUCUCUUGGAUAGAUUGCUUAAUGGUAAUUUUUAAUUAUGCCUUCAUUCUGACAUAGCGCUAACCCUGGCUUAAAAUUUAACUUGCUGCAUUUUGCUUGUGUUUAUUUCAUAACUUCAGAAAAUAAUUUUUUUUUGAUCCGAACAAGAUUCCUGGAAAAAGUAUUGUCCAAGUUUAUCAAUAUGCUGUGAGGAAAUUUGUUUUGAAGUUUUUGGUUAAACUAUAGGAUUAAACUGAUGGCUUUCGACCAACCAGCCCCAAGUCCCCUGAUAAAAUUAGAUUUCCAGUAGUUUAAUUGAGUCUCCGUUCACUAAGUGUCACUGCAUGUAGGUCACGUAUAUAUAUUUUCCCCAUAUGUCAAAUUCCCUCUCAAUAUUUAUGGUAUAGAAUAUUAUUUACACUGUUAAAGCUCCGACAAUGUAUGUAAACCUGCAUAUUUCCACGAGCAAUAAUUAAUACGAACUAACUUUCACAAAUCUGUAAUUUAGGAACCUGUUUUAAGCUCACAUGAUGUAGAAUCAUUAGUAGAAAAUAAAGAAAAUCCACAAGAAGCUUUGUUAGGUCUAAGUAAAGUGAGUUUUGUUGCCAUAGAUAAAUAUUUAUAUUCAAUUGUUGGCUAUGUGUGAUGUGUCUAUUUCCAUGUUCACCUGCGAUGGGCGUCUUUCAUAUAAUCCUGUUAUUAGUGUUAUGAUAUCUAAUGAGAGCUGUUUCAUUCUUUUAGUCUCAAAGAGGUAUUUGUGAAUGUCUGUUGGUAACCAUUUUUAAGGUAUGUUGGGUAGAGUACAGAAUCUUCGGAUCUCUAAAACUACAAUAGCUAAGUUGAGUUUCUAUCGUCUGAAGCUUUCUUAUUGAAUUGUUGGUUUUCUAAAUUAAAAACAACCUGCAUAUUAAAUUAAUUUUGUUAUAAUAUUCUACAGCUAAAUCCUGUUGAUAAAAAUCUGCGUGAGAAAGCUUUGUUGAGGAUUCUAACACUCUUGACACAGGAUAGAGGAGUUACGAAAGAUGAUGGUACUGGGAAUACAUCUGUACCGUCUGAGACAGAAAGUCGAAUUUUGAACUCAUCCUUAAUGGGAAAGUUUUUAAAAUUUUGUAUAUUGUUGUAUGAAAAUUGGUUAAAGGAAGUAAGCUAAAGCAAUACGAAGAAUAAAAUUGCUGCAAUGUUCAACAAAAGCUGAUUUCUACCAUGGUUAAUAGACCAACUUAACUUGUUAUGAAAAUUGGCAAUGCCCAUUUCAAUGUUUAUUUACGCUUUUUGAUAAGCAGUGUUGCCAAGUACCUUCCUAACCUUACUUAUAUUUACAGUGUUGCCAAACACCUUACUUACUGUAUAAUAACCUUUUUUGCACUUUUGAGAAAUGCAAUAUUUCGGUUUCAUUGACAUGCUAACAAAUCAGAAUGCACUAUUUCAUUUUUAUGAAAACAAGUGAUCUUUUAGAUGUGUGAAUAAACCUUGGAAAUGGGCAAUUUGCAUACCAAGUUAAGUUGGUCUGUUGAAAUUGUUCAGGCAUACACAAGAUUCGUAAACAUUUCUAUAAUUAGCAUGCGUUGAAAUCAGUUUGUAUCUGCGCAUGCAAAUGUAAUUCUUCGUUUUUGUUACUGUAACCCGACCGUUAACUGCAACCCUUAGCCAAUCAGCGACGAGUAGUAUAAACUUAUACGUCAUUAUUUCAUUAUGAAAUAAGUCAUUAUUUCAUUAUGAAAUAACGUUAUUAUUUUAUUGUGCCUGUUCGCAGGCAAGUCUUUGAAACAUCAACAUGGCCAGGUUGGCAAUCACGGCAAGGUCUUACCAAGUUCUUACCACGUUCUUAGCAAGAUUAGGCCAUGGUCUUGCCACGAUCUUACAAGGUCUUGCCAUAUAAUCUUUCCAAGAACUUGUGAUAUUCUCGCAAUAAUAUUCUUGCCAUGAUUUUGCAAUGAUCUUGCCAUGAUCAUCCCAAGAGCUUGCCAAGUCCUUACCACGAUCUUUUCAUGUUCUUGUGAUGACAUAUGUUCUUGUGAUCCAAAUUAUUGUCAUUUCUUCAAUCUAGUCAUGCAUAAAAUGUUUAUCCUGAUCUUUAGACUUAACUGUUUUGAUUGAUAGUGAAUGUUCUAAAUAUAUAUAUGUGUGUGUUAUUUAAUUGAAAUAAUGUAAUAUAAUUAUACCAUGAGGGAAUCUAAAUUCAAAAUAAGCUUUUUAGUUUCCAUUUUGGAUUUCCUCGCCACUAUACGGCUUGCGUUGUUUUGUAGUUAUGUUAUGUUAUAUAUAUCUUAAGAUCUGUAAUUUGUAAUUGUAAUUUAUAAUAAUACAUUCAUUCAUUCAUGACAUUAUCGUGAUUUUGCGGCAAUAAUCAUGUUAUUGCCGUGAUAUAUAUUUAAUAUCUAUUUAUUUAUAUUUAUUCUGUAAAAUGUUUUGAAUACUCGUGAAUACCAAUCAAGAAAUUACAACACAUUUUUAUUUAAUGAUUUACAACACAAAAUAAUGAAAUACAGUAUAGUUUAAUUUAAAUUAGUUCUAACAUUAGGUGUACGUCUUUAUAGUGUGUGAGUGACUCAAAGGGACAAACCACUCGUUCAUUCUUUAAUAAUGCCUUUUGAUUUUUUGUUGUCUCAACAUUUGUUGGCUGUAUCGUAUACACAAUUAUUUAUUUCUUCUUCGCCGUAUUAUGAACUUAAAGGCAUAGUUCAGCCUUUUGAAUGAUUGUUUUUAAGGCGCAUUUCAGAGAACAGCUUUGAGUGUUAAUUUUGCCUACUUUUUUUAUUGGUUUCCAUGAAAGCCUUAGACCAGUUCUACUAUCUGACGAAGUUUGAACGAAAAAUGUUGAAAACUCGCAGAGUUAUUUAAUAAAAUACAUUUUGCUGCAAUAAGAAAAACAUUGAAAAUGUAAUAUUCAAAUUCAAUUUUCUCCCGAAGAAUUUUACGGCAAUUACUGAUUUUCAAACGAGUUGUUCUCCUGCGGGUUUUAACGAAUUUUUCUCAAAUUUUCACAGGACAUAGCUGAAGACGUCAGUUUAAAAAUUGUGUUCAGCUUUUUUUCUAAUUUUGGAUAUUUUAAUAAUUAAAUAAGGACUAGCAAUUCACUCAAACGAUCCAGAAAUAUAUUGCUGUCGUCAAAGAAAUCGCCAUAUCAGCGGAAUGACGAAAUAAACAAAAAUUUCCGAACACAUUUUUAGAACUACUAUUUUACUGUAUAAAAAUGAUAUUUUCAUAAAUAUAUCUUAAAACCAGCAGGAAAACAACUCAAAAGCGUAAAUUAAGGUACCGCGAUUUAAGAUUUUCCUGAAUAAUUCUUACAUUAUUUUAUUGUUUGUCAAUUUUACGACUUUAGUCUUUACCAUAUUUUGCAUGCACUGGCGAUGAAAAUCGGCCUGAUAUUGAGUGGGCAGUAGCCAUAGGCGUACCGGGCGGGGGGCCCCCCAGUUUUUUGGGCAGUCGGGCAAUAUUCGAUCAACAGUCGGGCAAUUUCGGUUUGCAAUAAAAAAAAAUGGUAAAUUUUUUGGCAAAUUUUGUGAUUUUUCGAAAAUUUGUGCUAUGUUCCGAAAAAUAUUGGUUGUCCGGAAAAAGUUUUUGACCCCUAAAAUGGUACACUGACCGAAAUUGUUUUGGCGACGGGGGGGGUGGGGGGGGGGAGGUCGCCAAAAUAAUUUUUCCGGAAAAAAAUUUUUGGUACUAGUCGGGCAGAAUCCCGAAAAGUCGGGCAAUUUUCUUUCCGCCCCCCUAAUUUUUUCCUUCCGGUACGCCCAUGGCAGUAGCGCUUUUCCGCAAAACGCCAAAAAGGGUGUCCUGUAACCUUAUUAAACUAACUAGGAAAAUCAAUUAAGCAUAACUCAAGAUCAGCAAACUUAAUCUUUUUAACAUUUUAAAAAUUUUUAUUGUUAAUUAAAAACAUUGAGUUUAUUGAUCUUGAAUUAUGCAUAAUUGAUUUUCCUAGUUCGUUUUUUUUUCAAUUAAAAGGGCUGAAAUGUGCUUUAAAAACCAUCAUUCACAAGGCUAAACUGUGCCUUUAAGCCAUAUUAAGCCCUGUCAAACGAGAAUGCGAACAACCUCGAUCCUAUAGUGUCUUCUCUCUUGUUGAGAAUAUAGAGGUUCAGAUUUGACUAUCGCUACGACUACCUCUAACUGCAUGGCUUAGUACAGAUUGGUUAAAUAAAUAUAUCAAACGUAUCUGAUUGGUUGAUGGUCCCUUAAUGGUAGCGGUGGUGGAGGUCAAAUCUGAACCUCUAUAAUAGCCUGCGAACGAAGUUGGAAUGACUGCAGUUGAUGAAAGUUGCAACUCUCGCUCGUGUUUGACCGGCAACUCUCAUCAACUUUGAGCUGGUUCAAAUUUUGAUGAGAGUUGGCAGGAUUUUUUGCUUGUUUGACUCGAAGUAUUGAACCCGGUUCUCGUUUAACCAGUGCUUCAAACACUCAUUAAUAAUUCAUAUGCAUAAGCUUAUUGGUAGGUCUUUCCCAGGCUUGCCCGAUUUUAGGGACUGCCUGCCAUGCAGGCUAGCUUAUUGGCAAAUCAUGUCAACCAUAAUAUGUCACGUACAGUGGCUUUAAACCUGAUAAAACACUCCUAAUUAGUAUUCUUUAUAUAAAGAACUAAUAAGGCAGUAUAUCUUCCUAAUUAGUAUUCUUUAUAUAAAGAAUACUAAUAAGGCAGUAUCUAUUGUAGGUCGUGUUUGAAGCCGUUUAAUAAACUUGCAGGACGUGUUUUAUUAGGUCUAAAGCUUAAAGCUAAUAAAACACUCCUGCUCGUUUAUUAAACAGUACUUUAAAAGGUCUACAGUAUAAGAAUAAAAACGUCACAUAAAUUACAAUGUGUGUGUAUUUAGCUGCCAAUGGAUGGAAAUAAUUCAGCCGCGUUUGUGUGACUUUUUCAUUGUCUAAGUAACAAGUCACAAGUGUUUGGACAUUUUAUUCGGUCUUUAAUUAUUGGAAUAUCAGUUGGAUCAUAGCCUAUCGAAGGGAAGAUGGCUGUGAAACUCGUUAGAAAAACAAUAUAACUCAUUAUCUAUGUUGGUCAACGUUUAUUGAUAAAUCUGGUCCUUCACCGUCACGUGUGUAUUGUAUUCUUGCCCAACUAACCAAUAGCAAUGUUUUAGGAAAGUCACCUAUCCGUGACUCGAACAACAGGGAAACUGGAAAUUGCUAUUGGUGGAUUUGGUAAAAAUACAAUACACACGUGACGGUGAAACGACCAGAUUUAUGAAUGAACGUUGAGUAACAUAGAUAAUGAGUUAUAUUGUUAUUCUAAUGAGUUUCACAGCCAUCUUACCUUCUAUAGGCUAUGGUUGGAUGGCGACGAGUAGUCAAAACAUACUUGUUUUCCGGUAAUGGCUUACAGGAAUUAUGGACGAGAGGGAAAGAUAGCUAUAGCCAUAAGGAUUGGGGGUAAGUUUUAGGGUAAACUUGGAAAUUGUUUCAAGUACCUGGGUGUUGAUUCUUUUGCGUGUUAACGAUAAUUGAAAACCUCCCUCUCGUUCAUCCCUUGUCACCAACAAUCUGCACACGUGCAUUGGUUGAAUAUUCAAAACCAUAACCCUUCAACAGUUUAAUUGAGUGAGAUGCAAAACAAUCAUGAUAUUCACCCAUAUAUUUUACCAUGGCAUGGCUAUACAUAUGGCUAUAUAUAUCUUUAAUUUAAACCUUGUUGGGAAAAGCCAUAUAUAUACGGAUAAGUUUGUGUGCUAGACUUACACUUAUUUGGAUAAAUAAAUAUUUGCCAAGUGAAGGACUUCAACCCAGCGCUAUUAUCAUUUGGCCACUAACUAAAGGCUAGCUUUAGGGACCGGUCAUAAAGUAAUUACUAGAGGGAGGUGGAGGAUCGAUAAAUGAAAUUUCAAGUACAUAUUUCCAUACCCUCUCAAGAACCUAUGGAAAAAUUUUCGUAACCCCCUUCAAUGUAAGUGAAAAUGUUCAUACCCCCCCCCCCUUAAAUCAUUAACAUGUUCUAAUGGUGUGAGCUUGUUAGCAUUGUCAUUGACAAUUCAGAUGUAUCAGAUUUUACUCCAAAAGUUCCACGGAUACUGAAUCCUACUUACCAUCUGACAUUGAGUCAGACUGAAACAUAUAUACUUUGUGUUGAUUUAAUAAUAAUUAUAGUAAAACAAUUCUUUCCAAACUUAAAUCUGGGCACAAAUAUACAUUCAAUAUUCAACAAUAAUUAUAAAAUGUAAUUUUUGUCCUACCUAUAAUACUAAGAUUUUGGUACCAUCCUAGAAGUUCUGUUGUUUUUUUCGUACUCCCUCAGAGGUUCUGGGGUUUUUUCGUACCCCCCAUAAAUAUCCUCCACACCCCAUAGUAAAUACUUUAUGAUCGGUCCCUUAUAGUUAAUUAACACGGGAACAAUAACUAAUAAUUAUACUCAGCCUAUACAUCUAUAAAUACAGGAAUAUUUCCACGUGAGUUGAAGGCGUGGUGCUAAAACUGACCCAAGUAACUAUCGGCCUAUAUCCGUUAUUCCAGUGGUUGCAAACAUUUUUGAAAAAAUCAUUUUUGAUCAAUUAUAUGAAUAUCUUAAUACGAAUAAGCUGUUAAGUCCCUGUCAAUCUGGAUUCCGAUCAAUGCAUAACACUUUAACGGCAAUAAUUGAGGCUACAAAUAGUUGGUCCGUUAAUAUUAACAAUGGACUAGUAAAUGGAGUUGUUUUUAUUGAUUUAAAGAAAGCUUUCGAUACGAUUGAUCACGACAUUAUGUCGCUAAAACUUGAAAAUUAUGGAGUUGAGCGAAAUAGCCUAACUUGGUUUAAAUCGUAUCUCACCGAUAGAACUCAAAAAUGUCUGGUCAAUUGUCAAACUCCGUCCCAAUAACCUGUGGCGUUCCUCAGGGAA